GUAGUUGAGUAAUUGUUCAAAAAAAAAAAAUAAAAUAAAAAAAUAAACAUUUCUGUAAAUUAAACCAGUGAAAUAAAACAAAAAAAAUAAACAUGGCAUCUGACGAUUUGGAAAAAUCAGCACCCUUAGAUGAUGUGGAUUUUACCAGCGGCUUUGAAACGCAAUACGAACAAGAGUAUCGUCCUCUUAAGCCGAAAGUCAUUGUUCCCCGCAGCCAAGAUCCCAAAACCUUGUGGUAUCGUGAUUUACAAACCAUAAUAAUGGUGUCAUUUAUUAUGGCCAUCUUUCUAUUCGGCACUGUGCUGUUGACCAAAUUGGUCUUCACCUCAAAUCCCUUGUAUGUGUUCGCCAUCACGGCAAUUUAUGUGAUUUUGGCCAUUGUAAUGAUUGUCAUCGAAGUGAAGAGUAUACAUGUGCGUUGAGGAGCUGGAGCAGGAACAGGGGAGAGAAGUGUAAAAAAUUUAACCAUAAUUAUUUUAAAUUUAAUUUGUUGCUGAUUUUAUAUGUGUCUAUAUUCGUAAUGAAACUAAAUUUAAGUGUAGUGAUUAAUUAAGCAAAAUAAAUUUAUAAAUAAUGUUUAUUUUAUAAAAAUUAUUAUAUAUUUGGUUUUAAAAAAUAUACAUAAUUCAAAUUAUUUAAUAAACUGUGUCUAUUUGUUAUUUUACAACUAAAA